UGUGGUUCCUCGUAGUUCGCAUGUCACUGGACGCUGUGUCUUCAUACUGCUGCCUCUGCUUCCACCUCUAUCCGUGCUGCAACUACAAGAACUACCUCUUCUACCAGGAUCCAGAAAUAGAGAGGAAUGUUUGGAGUUUUCACGGUAGUCGUCUGCUGCUAAGGAUAUGAGAAAAUCAUUAGUGGGUGCCCUGGCUCCUCUUCCCAACACCCCUCUCCAUUUAUCUGGACUUGAUCCUGAGAGUUGAUGAAUCUAACUCUGGUUUGUUCCAUGUGAAAGAAGAGAGCACACUACAGUAAUAUAAAGCUAAGGAAAAUACCAGUUUCACCUACCCUCUAUCUCCACCCACUUCUCUGUACUUACUGUGAUUAUUCAAAAACUUCAGGUAAUGCUGUCAGCUCACGAAAAAUAAAUUAUCUGCUUCUGUGUACCACCCAUAAUCAGUUAUAUACCUGAGUAUUAAAUGUCUUUAGAGCUAAAAAAAUUUUGUUGAUUGUGACUAAAACCUUGCAGUGGAUGUAACAGUUAGACAAGUAUAAUUAACCAUUACUUGCUGAAAAGCAUCCAAUUGUGAAUCAGCAUAAUUUGAUUACUUCAGCAAAAGAGCUCAAUUAAAUAGCCUUUCAGGUGCUAUGUUAGUUUUGUCUUCGUUCUGUGAAAAAGGGAUAUAUUUAGGACUUAGGACUCAUAGACCAUCAACUGGCACAUGUUUCAGUCCAGAAGAAGCAGCACUGGCGCCAGCUCCAAAAAUGCUUACUUUCUCCUCAGGCUGAACACUGUAAUCUCCAAAGUGACUUACCUGCAGCGACUCACAAAUAUUUCUGAAGUUAGCACUCAAAUAACAGGGUUGGUUACACGAAGGAUAUGCGGGGGGCACAAUUUAGUUUCAACAAAUGCAUGCAUGCUUUGUUGUUCUAGUUAAAUUCCAAAGCAGCACUGUUUUAUUAUUAUGUAAAUCAUAGAUUGUACAUCAUAAAUGUUUAAUACCACAAGCUUCCUCCCAGAACAAUAAACAACAAGGCAAACUUUGUGUAGCUUUCCUAAUGAUAAGGCAUGACACAGUGAGAGAAAACAGGGUUGUUAAAAAGCAGAUGUCUGCAGUGCUGCACAGAUGGGAUUGAUAUUGACAUGGCUGGAGGUGAUAUUUUGUAGUGUAUAGUGGAGUGUAUAAGUGGAAAAAUGUAUGCGUUUUAAUGAGAGUGUGUGGCUGGAGCUACAGCUGCAACCGCGAGGGGGAUGUUUACCAUAUAGACCAACAACAUCUCAGCCUCAGUCUCAGAGCAACACACACAAGCAGGAGGUAUUACGUGGGACCAGUUGGUGAGUGAACUCUUUAUUUUAAAUUUAGAAUAAACUCACUCAGAUGCCUAUUAUAAUAUUAAAGAUCCUAUAUUACUCAGUUAUUGACUCUUGUGAGCUUUAAGUCAUGUUAUAAUACUGUUAUUGCUUUAAAAACAUACCUGGAGUUGUGUUUUGUUUCAUUCACACAUGUGAGUAACCCUUAAUUAUUUGUCUGUCAACAUCCCCAAAGUGUGAAUGUGUGUGUGAAUGGGUGAGUGGUUCCUUGUUGUAAAGCGCUUUGAGUGCCUUGAAGGUGGAAAAGCGCUAUAGAAAAAUGUGACCAUUUACCAUUUACCAUUGAAGGUGAAUGGAGAUUAAAAACACAUUGGAACACUUUCUGUAUUAUGACAUGGCAUCACAAGAUAGAACAGAGUGGUUUCUGACUGAGAGAAGAACUCAGUCUAAAUAUGCAGGAUUUGUAGGUGGGUUGUGGGAUGUGUAAAUGAAAACACAACUCGAGGUAUGUUUUUGAUGAGGAACCAACAUUAUAACAUAGAUUUUAAAAAAGCAUAAUACGGGCCCUUUAAUACCUUUUAAAAAUAUAAAAUUUAUAAUUAUAUAAAUGUCUCCCUAGGGAUCAUGCAAGCAUUUGUGCUUCUUCUCACAUUUGGAUUAGUACCUCCAAGUCUUGGCCAGUACAGCCAGUUUCAGUGGCUGACCCAGCUCCGUGGACGUUGGCGCCAUGGUGGCUGGAUGGCAGACAAUGUGGAUUGUCCUCUGGAGUGUGACUGCCCCUCAGCUUAUCCAGCAGCCAUGUACUGUCACAACCGCAACCUACAGCACAUCCCCUAUGUACCUUCUCAUAUCAAGUAUGUCUACCUUCAGCGCAACCAGAUCUCAGGCAUCCAGGACGGUGUGUUUGAUAAUGCUACCGACUUGGUUUGGGUUGUCCUGUUUCACAACAAGCUUAACUCUGAAAAAAUUGGGAAGAAUGUUUUCAGCAAGCUUAAAAAUCUUGACAGACUCUACUUGAAUCACAAUGAGCUGACUCGUAUACCCGCUAAUCUGCCUAAGUCCAUCACAGAUCUUCUACUUGGGCACAACAAAAUCUCUAAAAUCUCUUCAAGCUCAUUUGAGGGAAUGGUGGACCUCUCCAAUCUUCAGCUUCAGGCAAAUGAAAUAGAGACUGUUGGAGGUGCUUUUAAGGGUCUAAAAUCUUUAAGCAGGCUGGAUAUAAGGAAAAACAAGCUAAAAAAAAUCCCAGAGAACCUCCCUGAAAGGCUACAACAGCUGUAUCUGGAGUUCAACCAGAUAGAUAGCGUGCCUCCAGGCUUCCUCACCAAGACACCAAAGUUACAGUUUGUGCGCUUGGCCCAUAAUAAACUCACAGAUAAAGGACUUCCACCCAAUGUAUUUAACAUCAGUACAUUAGUUGAACUUGAUCUUUCUCACAAUAAACUGGAAAGGAUUCCCUCUGUCAGCAAGCGCCUGGAAAACCUUUAUCUCCAAGCCAACAAGAUCAAAGAGUUCUCCUUGGGCAGCUUUUGCAGUUCGAUCGACAUGAAGAACUUCUCCAUGUUGAGAAUGCUACGUUUGGAUGCCAAUCAGAUCAGUGCCAAAGACAUUCCUCCUGAAGCUGCCUACUGUUUGCGCCGCGUUGCUUUCAUUCAUAUUUAGUAUCUCUAGUUCUCACAUGUAAAGGCAUUAUGAAAAGGAGUUGAAAAAGCUGGCAUCAAGCAACAUAUUUAAGUGCAGAUUAAGUAGGACUAAACUUGUACUAAAACUGGUCUUAAACAAGAUCUAAUCUAAUCUACAUCUAAACCAUGUCGAAACCAUGUCAAAAUACUUGAUUAUUCUGUCUCAAUACUGAAUACUACUAGGAAACAAAAUAAAACAUGUAUACUACUAGAGGUAACAUAUUUUGAGAACCAGUGCUCUCAAGAAUACUAAUUGCCAGUAUUGUGUUUUUGAUAGUACAACUUUUCCUGUAUUACUGAAUUGGAAAUACCACAAGUGAAGAAAAUGUGCCUACACAAGAAGAACAGGAACUAAUCUUUUCAGCAUUCUUUUCACCCAUUAUUAUAUCAGCAUUUUGGCAGAUGUUUUAAGAGAUGGAGCAAACCAAUGGGAGUACUAGUAUAUGGGAAAAGCAAGUAUUUGGCCAUGUGAGACGUAGGCCUCAAAGUACUCAGAAGCUUUGUCUCCAUCAUGUGGUCUAUCGUGAUUCUGCAUAUGAAUGGUGGGUGACAGGUAAUAUUGUA